GAGCGGGCAGCGUGUCCCGCCCUGUAGCGACGAAGACGCGCCUGCGCAGAAGUGACAGCACGAGCGGGAUUGGCUCCGGGGGCGCGGCGAGGAGUUUUUUGGUUGGGGGUGGGGUGGCCUGUGCCUACAGAGACAUGAGGCUGAGCUGGAUCCUGACAGUACUGUCCAUUUGCCUGAGUGCCCUGGUCACAGCCACAGGGGCCGAAGGCAAGCGGAAGCUGCAGAUUGGAGUGAAGAAACGUGUGGAUCACUGUCCCAUCAAGUCUAGAAAGGGAGAUGUCUUACACAUGCAUUACACGGGAAAGCUAGAAGAUGGGACGGAGUUUGACAGCAGCCUACCACAGAACCAGCCCUUUGUUUUCUCCCUUGGCACUGGCCAGGUCAUCAAGGGCUGGGACCAGGGGCUACUGGGGAUGUGUGAAGGGGAAAAGCGGAAGCUAGUGAUCCCGUCUGAGCUGGGGUAUGGAGAGCGGGGAGCCCCCCCAAAGAUACCAGGUGGAGCAACCCUGGUGUUUGAGGUGGAACUGCUCAAGAUUGAGAGACGUUCAGAACUGUAGCAGGCUGCAGAGGGGUAGGAGGCCCCUAUCAGGGACCAGACUGUUUAAAAACAAACAAAAAAACCUUUAAAACCCCAA